AUGGCACUCACAAAUAAAUUAUUAUUGAGUCAAGUAGCUGGUUAUACCAUAGCAGCAAUACUUUCACUAUGCAUCAUUAUACCAAUGAGUCUUCAUCAAGAUGAAUUUAAAGGACAUUGUCUUUUGUUCUCUUCUGGUCAAUGGCUUGAGAAGAAUGGUCAAUUUUUAGUUAAUUGGGCAUCUCAAGCUUAUUGUAACUAUUCAAUUUUUGUUGGAGUUUUGCUGUUAGUGAUAUCAUCAAUACAGACCUAUAGGAUGUCAAUUUUUGCUUAUAAAGGAACUGACAGUUCAUUUUUAUUGACAUUUAUUGAUGCCAUUACAUGUGUACUUAUGUGUAUUUUUACAAUCAAUGCUGCUCUAAUGAUAACAUUUGGAUUUAUGACUUGGUGUAAUGACAUGAUUGAAAGAUUUCCAUCGUGUGAAAUGGCUGCUGGAAAUCCUAUUGAUAUUCAAGAUGGAAUUGAUACAUCUGGUUUUUACUUUCAACUUGGAGUAGCUCAGUUUGGAAUAUGGGCUUCAUGGUCUUGCUGGGUCGGUUUGACCGUUUGCACUAUGUGUAAACUUUGUUAUUAUCAUCAAAUGAGUAAUAUGAAAGCUUCAAUGCUACGAGAAAGACAGAAACUUAUUGACGAAGGUAUGGCUGCGCCCACCAGAGUGACUCCAUAUACUACUUCAGAUGAAAGUAAUAAUUCUAAAAUUGAAACACAACCAACAAAAUCUAUUGAUGUCAAAAAUAUUGAGUAGCUUAAGUUCUAAUUAUAAGUAUAUUUAUUUAUUAUUUCAUUUCAUUAAAAUUAUUAUAAAAUAUA